UAAAAAAUACGAGUAAUAUAUUGGAAGAUUUUUAAAUCUCACAAUGAAAUCUCGAUACCUCGCGACUUAUCGAUAGCGAGCCGUGCAAAUCAAAUCUCGUGUUGCACAUGCGUGUAAAAUCGACGAGAUUAUGGCAUUUAAAAAUGGCGUAACAGGCUCGGUGUGUAAAGGUGCUAAGGUUAGGAAACGUAAGGUGGAAGCGGAUUGUUUUUUUGUAUUUGAAUAAUGUCCAUACUUCGCGCGAGGAUGAGGCGAUUGUUUAAGACGACCGGGUUUACAUUGCGGACUUACACGGAAUUCUACCGUGCCAUGUGGCUGAGGAGUAUGAAGAGUGCCGCGAAGCAAAGCUAUACGAAAACUGUGCUGCUGCCGCAGACCAAUUUCCCGGCGCGACUCGGUGGCGGGAAACGGGUGGAGAUGGAUAGUUAUUUAAUAGAGAAAUGCGGCUUCUUGGAAUUGUACAACUGGCAGAGGCAGAAUCUUGAGGGACCAGACUUUAUCUUGCACGAUGGGCCGCCGUAUGCGAACGGAGAGCUACACAUGGGUCACGCUAUUAACAAGGUCCUUAAGGAUAUCACGUUAAGAAGCAAGAUUAUAACAGGUAGAAGAGUGCAUUAUAUCCCAGGUUGGGACUGUCAUGGCUUACCAAUUGAACAGAAAGUGCUUAGCAAUACAAAAGAUGAUAAUCCCUUAGAGAUUCGUCGCAAAGCUAGAAGAUUUGCUAGUGAAGCUAUAGCGAAACAACGACAAGUUUUUACAUCGUGGGGCAUUAUGGCUGAUUGGAAUGAAUCAGGAUGUUACUUCACGAAUCACACCUCGUACGUGAAGAAUCAGAUGCAACAAUUUAUAAAUCUGUAUGACAAAGGGCUUGUGUUCAGAGCCUUUAAACCAGUACACUGGUCACCGUCCUCCAGAACAGCAUUAGCAGAAGCGGAAUUGGAAUACAAUGAGUCUCAUGAGAGCAAAAGUGUUAUUGUUCGCAUGCGACUUGACGCAGAUACAUUAACCUCGAGAUUAAAGGAUUUGGUGAAUAAACUACUCUAUGCUGUUAUCUGGACCACUACACCGUGGUCAUUAAUGGCUAAUCAAGCUAUAGCUUUCUCGAAUGACGUUGUAUAUUGCAUUGUGGAAGACAAUUCGAAAAAUCUGUAUAUUCUUGCACAAGAGUGUUUAGCAAGUAUUGAGCAGAAGCUCGGUCCGUUAAAAUUGAUUACAACCAUUAUGGGGCGAGAAUUGGGCGAAAUCAAGUAUUUUCAUCCUAUUACCAAACAACGUUUGCCAUUCUUGCCUGGGCCUCACGUUACAACCAAUGUUGGUACUGGAUUAGUUCACACAGCUCCCGCGCACGGUCCCGAGGAUUUUCUUCUCGCAAUUGAGAAUAAUAUACCAGUAUUAUCUUUGAUAGACGAGGACGGAUGUUUCACCAAAGAAGCGGGCGAAGAAUUUUCUGGCUUAGAUGUCCUAAGCGAUGGCGCUAAUAAAAUCUUGCAACGUAUCGGUGAAGACGUGUUGCACAUCGAUAUGAUUACACACAGCUACCCGUAUGAUUGGCGAACCAAGAAACCUGUGAUCAUCCGCGCGAGUCACCAAUGGUUCAUAGACAUAAAGUGCAUCAAGGAAAAGGCGAUUGACAGCAUCGCGAAUAUAAGGAUAUACCCGGAGCAAAAUAGAACGUCGUAUUUGAACGCGUUGAUUGCUCAAGUUAAGCAGCGACCAUACUGGUGCAUUUCCCGACAACGGGCCUGGGGAACGCCAAUACCGGUAUUGCACAAUAAACGAACCGGUGAUACGUACACGAGCAGAAAAUGGAUCGAGAGAUUAAGCAGGUUGAUGGAGCGACAUGGUACCGAUUAUUGGUGGGAGCUGCCAAUCGAGAAAUUAAUGGGUCGCGAACUUCGGCAGGAAUUGAACGACGAUAUAGGCGAUUUGGAAAAGGGAACUGAUAUCAUGGAUAUCUGGUUGGAUAGCGGUCUUUCGUGGUCAGCCGUUUUGCCGGAACAUAAAGCAGAUUUGUAUUUAGAGGGAAUGGAUCAGUUUCGCGGUUGGUUUCAAUCAUCAUUACUAACAUCCAUUGCUCUUCAAGAACGUUCUCCUUACAGCGCAUUAUUCGUGCAUGGAUUUGCGGUGGAUGAUAAAGCCUCGAAGAUGUCAAAGUCAGUUGGAAACGUCAUAAAUCCCGAAAUAAUUACCAAAGGUGGACAAAAUUUGAGUAAUGAUCCGGCGUAUGGCGUCGAUACUCUAAGAUGGUGGGUAGCUAGUCAUGGAUGUCAACAUAGCCAGGUUCCGGUCACGACCGCGUUGUUGCGUGAGAGUCACGAAACUAUACAAAAAUUACGCUUAGUUUUACGAUUUUUGUUAGGUGUCUUACAUUCGUAUAGCGAAGGAAUCACAAUCGAACCAGAAUACCUCUACCUUGACAAAUAUAUGCUGCAUGCUCUGCAUCAGUAUAACAAAGAGAUUCAAAACUUAUAUGACAAUUAUGUGUAUCACCACGUAUGUAAAUUGGUAACGAAUUUUCUGGCAAAUACCGUGUCGCCGGUAUAUUGCCAUUUGAUUAAAGACAGACUUUACUGUGACGAAGCAGCGUCCCCAACGCGUCUGGCUGCGGUAGAAGUAACACGUGGUACCCUGACUGUACUUGCGAGAUCUAUCGCGCCAAUCGUCCCGCAUUUAGUGGAAGAAGUGUGGCUGUACCACCCUGAAAAUUUGGGUAAUAUAAUGAGAAAACGGUUUUCACAUUGUAUUACUGUCCUCGUAUUAUUUGCAGCGUCAGUGCCGUUGUAUCAUACUGAAUAUAAAGUACCGGAAACGUGGCAUCAACCGAAAAUUGCUAGGCGCGUAGAGACAGCUCUAAGUUUGAGGAGCAAGGUGAACACAUUGGCUGAUCGUAACACAUGGGAAUUGUCGGGCACCGUAAAGGCUUCGAAGGACGACUAUGAAUCGCUCUCUAUGCUUCAAAAAGAUCAGGAAUCCUCUACCUCGGAAUUAUGUGAAAUUUUGCAACUUUCGUCAAUUACAUUAAUAGAAUCACCCACAAUAACCGAGACGCAGAUUGAAUUACAUAAUAUUGAAAAAAUGCUUUGCCAAAGGUGCAGGCGAUAUCCUGAAUUAGAUAAGAAUGGCCUUUGCAGUCGUUGCGUUAAGGUACUUGAUGUGGCGAAUGUAUCAUCGAUAUCCGUGUAAGCGUAGAGUGGUUGACUAUUUCUUAACUAUCGCUUUUUUGCUAAAUAAAUAAAUAUAAAAGAGCAACUCUUUUUUUUCGAAAA